AUGCAAAUCUUCGCUCGCACCGUGAGAGGACGAACGUUGGUCGUGCGCGACGCGCGCACGGUGGGCGACGCGACGGCGGCGCUUCGCGCUCGAGGCGAGACGUUUGAUUACGUCACGAACGCGCGCGGACGCGUGUUGCGCUCGGACGACGUCGUCGAGGGCGAUUCGACGGUGCACGCGCGCGUGCGCGUGCUCGGUGGACACUGUCAGGUGCCUUGUGGGAUCUUUGAUGACCCGGCGAUGGUGGCGCAGCUGCGAGAGAUGAGCGCGACGAUUCGCAAGGCGAUGACGCAGAUCAACGAGCUGUCCGCGACGAACACUCCGCUCGCGAUUAACCAAAUGACGCGAUGGGUGAUGACGAAGGAGGAGCACUGCGCGAAGAUCAUCACCAUGAUCGGUGAGUACUGCUUGUGCCAACGCGUCAAGGCGGCGGAGAUGUCUCCGGAAGAUUACGUCGACGCGCUCAAGAUUCAUCACCUGGUGAUGCAGAACGCGAUGAAAUGCAAGCAAAAUGUCGACACGGACUUUUGCUGCCACCUCGACCACUCUCUGGACGAUCUGGCGAAGAUGUAUACCAAGGCUUGA